CGCCUCUGCAGUUCCAGAGCAACCUGCUGGGGGAUCCAAACAUACACCACCUAUUCCUUACGUCACAAGCUAUCUGCCACCAAAAAAACAAGACCAUAGCACAUCCAGGUCAAAAGAUACAGCCUCCCUGAUCAGAAGAUGCAACGGGCCCGGUGCCCAUCUCCACUUCAAAUCCCUGGGCCACACAUAGGUGCAAGCACUACAGCAGGGAACUAGUCCACUGGUAGUGUAGUGUGUUUAGCUUCCAUAGUCUUCCUCUUAACAGAGAAAAAAUAUGUACCAUUUUUAGAGUUUUUGGUAUGACCUGGCUAAAGCAUCCAAUCUUCCUUGGUGGUCUCCCAUCCAAGCACUGACCCGAUUGCACGUUGCUUAACUUCCGAGUUCAAUGGAUCGGGUGUAUCAACGCGCCACUCCAAAUUUUGCAGAACCGUUUUCUUACAUAUUUUUUGACUUUAUUAAGAUUCUCAUCAUUUCGGUGCCUUGUACUGUGUAUGUCUGUAUAAUCAGAAUAGAGUGUGUUGGUGAAAUAUCAGUGCCUUGAUGUAUUUGUUUAAUAUUGGUUAACAGUAUUUGUUGGAUCACUUUGGUCCGGUUGAAAGGAAGAAAAAGUGAAUCCUGGCAUUUACAAAGUGUUAACUCUUUUCAGUAAAAGAAAAUUAUGGAUGAGGCAUUUCUUAUAUAGAACAAAUCAUGCCAAGAAGUUGACUUCAUUGAUAGUUGUUUGUAGCUAAUUUCUAUUUCAUGAUAUGUAACACAAUAAAUAUCACAAACAAAACGAGAUAUUGCUUUUGGUCUGUGUGUUUUAUUUGUCCUGAUGUGUCCGCAGUUACGUAUUUCAAUAUUGAAGAGUGACAGGGCGUGAGGCAGAAAAUCGUGUAACUGGGUUGACGUUCGGGUUGUUAAUUUAACAAAGGGAUUAGCAUGUCCAGAACACAGUAUAUCAAAACCGGAAGCUCUGCUGCAAUUCCAAGGAAAGUUGCUAGACGGUCCAUAGUGGGACUUUUCCCAUACUUGCUUUGCUGACACCUACCAACAUACCGCAUAUAUAACUAUGCACAUGUUUAAACAAAAUCAAUACUGUAGGGCAUUUGUGCUAAUUUUAGAAUAUCGUAUAUUCAGAGCAAUCGUGAUACGUGCAAUGUAAGCAAAAAUACCUCCGCCCCUAAAGCGUCGCCAAUAAAAGUGAUGCUCAGUACAUCUAAGAAAAUUCUUGGAUAAUUCUAGAAGGGUGGCUCACCCCGGAAGCAUGAAUGACGCUUUAUUAUGGGGAAUGCGCCAUAUGAAUGCUAGUUCUUAAUAACAUUUUUCUCGAACUGAACGCCCACACUGAUGAUUGACAUAUCAUAUUAUGACAAACGGGAUCUUGUCAUUUCAUCCAGCACUUGCUGGUGAAAGGAGGCUGCUUCAUCCCUUCUGUUUCUUUCCACCCCAGAAUAAUCCGUUAACUUUAGAACACUCACCGUUGAUUAUCAGUAGACCAAAAUGACAUGAAGAUGGCAGAUGAAGACCAGUUUUCAGAUUGGAAACUUUCCCUAUCCGAGGGUUCGACGUCUCUGGGUCUUCAGACUUUAUAUCUCAUCCUCAGCCUGGUGGUGGCUGUGGGGUGUGGCCUGCUGCUUAUCUACUUGGUCUGCAAGAAGGACUAUCUCCCAAAGCCAUGUAACUAUCUUCGAUGCAGCCUGUCAAUGUACGACAUCAUUUUCGUGUGCUGUAUGAUUCCUACGGAGAUCUACAUACUUCUCCAGGCAGACGACAGCAACAGCCAGACAGCAUGUUGGGUGCAGAAACAACUGUUUCGAUGGAUAGGACUAGCUUUGGGUAGCACGUACCUACUGAUGGCAUACGAACUGUAUCAAUUCAUCUGCCACCCCCUGCACUACCACCAGAGAGUCACCACCAAGCGUGUGGGCAUCAGCAUGCUCGUCGUCCUGGCCUUUUCCUCGCUGUUGCGAGUCGUGUUCAUCAUCCUCGAAGUACCUUCGAAUCCCGACACUCCAUCGCACUGUGGUUUUCAGGCUGUUGACACCACUGGCCCAGCAGUUGUCAUCAAAAACAUCAUGACAGUGGUGCUUGCCAUGGAAUUCCUCGCCAUCUUCGUUUUCUACUUCCUCAUCUUCAGGGAGGCUAGAAAACAACAGGAGAGGGAUGAAAACCGAAACCUGUGGCUCUACCAGACCAGGGCCUUCAAAACCAUGGCACCUCAUGCCAUAAGCCUAGCUGUGUGGGUUGGACCACGGUGUUCCUGACAGUAAUGAGUCGUCAGAGUGCACUCACAAAACAAGAGGCAUCCUUUUCACUGGACCUCACCACACGGAUAGCUGUAUUGCUUCAGAUAACACUGCCGCCUCUGGUCAACGCCAUAGUCUACAGUUUCCAGAGGCCAGAGUUCCGAAGAGCCCUGAAGGAGACGUUUGGCUGGUCAAGUAAUGCUCCUGUGGCUCUGGCACCACCACGGCAUGAUCCACCGGGGCAGGACUUGGAGAUGGCUGUCUUAAGUGGGCCUGACCAUGGACAAGGGGGAUCUACAAUACAAGUGGCAGAGGCACCACCGUCUUCAAGGCUGAUACAGAUGGACGAAGACUCCUCCAGGACAACCCGUCACACUACAAAAACUGGAAGCAACACAGGUGGAGCUAACCGUGCUUCUAAGACGACGCAGACAGACGGCACCUCUCCUACACCAUCUCUCCAGCUAUCAGACGUACAGCCAGGGCAUGGACCUCUUCUAAAGAGCAAGGAUUGAAGAAAGGAAGCGCAUCCGCUAAACAUCCCACAACCUUCACUGUAUGAGCAGACAUACACAGAAAACCAAUACCGCCUCUCAACGAUCAUGAACAGGAAACGGCAAUAACCCUUCAACACCACAGCUUCACUCUACCGGCAAUAUCUACAUAACACAACACGGAGGAAAACGGACACCAAUCCUCAAGCAGCACACAAUGAGGAGUCUGACCUGGACACCAUCUGUCUUCAAGAGAACGGCACCCCUGUCCAACAUAAAGCAAUGGACAAACCACCUCCAAAGAUGGCCUGGCACAAUCCUGGACACAACAGUCGACCCUGAAGUGUGCAAGGACAACCAGAUCCAAAGUAGUAAGUACAACUACUACGACAUACUUACAGAAUGCGGUAACUGAGAAAGAAACAGUGGACUGACAGUGUCAUAAGAUGACAGACAUGCAUAUGCCCAUGAAAGUGAGAGAGACACAGUCAUCUGAAUGUAAGUACAUCGCACCACGCCACAUCUGCAUGGACUUUGAUGGACUGACGGAUGUCGAUGGUGAUGUUGGUAGCUAUAAGCAUAUCAUAUCUUCUUUAUUCUACAGUUCAUGCAAUGAUUGAUAGUUAUACAGGUAUCCAACUAAGAGCAAUGACUGGCUAUAGUUUUGGUCCUGACUAAAUACAUACCACAGAUGUAGGGGUACAAUAUAUCUUUUUUUUUCGUAUAGGUCAAGAAUAUUGUUUUAUUGAGUGUUUGGCAAUUUUCCGGUCUAAAAUUUAUAUUUUGGGUCCAUGUGUCCUGGUAUUAAACUAAAUGGCCUUAAAUUUGGCAUGGUAAUAACCUGGACAUAUCAUAUGCCCCCAGAGCUUCAUUUAUGUCUUUGGCGCACACCACUCUAAAAUGAUCUAAUUUUGUGAUGUUCUCACCAAAUAUACAUGUAUGUAUUACGGGCCCAUGUACAUGCCA